UUCGGGCCAGCACUGCGCGUGCGCCUCCCCUGCCAGGCUGGAUUUAAGUUGCCGCCGACCGACUCGCGAUUUAAAGGGCCCGCUGCCUUCCCGAAGUUGGUUAGACGACAAGGGGUGGUUGGUUGUGCACAGCACUUUGUCAUGGGACCUGUGCGGCUGGGAAUAUUGCUUUUCAUUUUGGCUGUGUACGUUGCUUGGGCUGGGACGCCGAAAGAGGAGGACGAUGACACAGAACGCUUGCCCAGCAAAUGCGAAGUGUGUAAGUUGCUGAGCCUGGAGCUACAGGAAGAGCUGGGUCGCACUGGCCGAUCUCGAGAGAUGCUGGAGCUGGGGCAGGUGCUGGACACAGGCAAGAGGAAGAGACACAUCCCCUACAGCAUUUCAGAGACAAGGCUAGAAGAGGCCUUGGAGAACUUAUGUGAGCGGAUUCUGGAUUACAGCGUUCAUGCUGAGCGCAAGGGCUCACUGAGAUAUGCCAAGGGGCAGAGUCAGACCAUGGCAACGCUGAAAGGCCUGGUGCAGAAAGGGGUGAAGGUGGAUCUGGGGAUCCCUCUGGAGCUGUGGGACGAGCCCAGCGUGGAGGUCACAUUCCUUAAGAAGCAGUGUGAGACGAUGCUGGAGGAGUUUGAAGAUGUUGUGGGAGACUGGUACUUCCACCAUCAGGAGCAGCCCCUACAGCAUUUUCUCUGUGAAGGUCAUGUGCUCCCAGCUACUGAAACUGCAUGUCUCCAGGAAACUUGGACUGGAAAGGAGAAGAUCACAGAUGGGCAAGAGAAGACAGAAGGGGAGGAGGAGCAAGAUCAGGAGGAGGAGGAAGAGGAGGACAUGACCAGCACACCAGGCCACCCCAAGCACGACCCAGAGGAUCUUUGACUCUUGCCUUUGAGCCCCCAGGCUGGGGCAGCAGUCACAGAGAAGAACCCUCUGAAAUCUGAGCUCUCCCUGCCCCACAGCUUUAAGUGUGUGUGUAUGUGUGAGUGACCCCACCCCAGAGCUUGUAGCUGUUCUCUCCCAUCUGGUCUCAGGCAGGAUCUUGGUGGUGCAGCAUGGCAUGGCUAUAAGGAGAAACAGCGGAGCAGUAGGUGGAAGCCCUGCCCCAACAGAUGAGCCCUCUGCCUGCCAUCUAGCUCCUUAAUUGUCAGGUGUGUGUGGUGACAGUAUUGAAGGCUUUCCCCUUUAAAUAUCUCUACUACCCCCCCACCUCACCCAGAGGUCAGCGAAGGCAUAGGGGUUGUGGGCCUUGGGAAAGUCACUUUGCCCCUCAGGGGCUCUGUCUUUUAGAUCUUCACAAGGAAGAAGCCAGAAGGGACAUUCUCUACGACUUAGAUCCACUGCCUGCGUCCAGGAGGCUACAUGGCCACAAACUGAACGAGAAGGGACACUGGAUGGGGAUGGGGUGAUGUUGAUAAGUUAGGUGGGGUAGAUACUUGGUCUCCUUCAUCUUAAUUUCACCGAGGGCCCACCACAUAAUUUCACAGGUGCCAAAUUUUCUAUAUCGCUAGUAAAUUGUUUUUUAA